AUGAAGACCCCCCUAUGGGCCCUGUUGCUGCUGUGUCUCUGUGUUCCAGGACACUGUAGUGACUGCCAGGAGGACUGCCUGGCCUGUAGCCACAUCCUACCCCAGGAGAUCAACUUUAACACACUGGUGUGUCUGGUGGAGUGUGACAGUAACGUCUCCCCUGCCUUCAUUUGGGACCUGUGUCGCAAGGUCUUGGCACCGCCACAGUUACCAUUCCUGUCCAUAGGGGGCGCUGCCAUGCUGAAACGGGCCCAGGAGGAGGUGGAGGCCAUGCUGCCAGAAGAAGAAGAGGAACAGGGGGACGAGGGGCUGAUGUACCCAGCAGCCCUGCAGAGGUUUGACCACGUGGCCCGUGCUCUGGGGACAGAGGAGCUGGGCAGUGAGAGCCAGCUAACCCUCGCCGAUGCUGCCUACAACUCCCAGCUGCCCCGGGAAAUGGAGGAAAUGGACGAGGAAGAGGGGGAUAGCGUGACAGAGAAAGAGCAGGACGGAGCGGCGGGUAUAAGUCUGUCAAAGCGCUUUGGGGGGUUCCUGAAGGGAAGGCACGGCUACAGGAAAUUGAUGGGCCCUGGAAGGCCCUUGCAGAAGCGCUACGGCGGGUUCAUAGGCGUCCGGAAAUCUGCACGCAAGUGGAACAACCAGAAACGCUUCAGUGAGUUCCUGAAGCAGUACCUGGGCAUGAGCAACCGAGCCAGCAAGUCCUACAACAGCUACUCCACUGACAUCACCCAACAGAACGAGGUGUAG